GAACGACUUGGGAAUCAGUGGUAGUUCAUUCAUAUCACAUUCCGCCACAAAUCUCGUUUACAAAAAACACAUUGAAGCUUCACGUGGAUUUCAGCAGGUUCUAGUACUACAAGAGCAUCUUUGGAAGCUUGAUUUGGCUCAACGUUUGUUUAAUAUGGCUGCUUGUGUGAACUUUGUUAGGACCUCGUUUUUGCGACCCACAUGUCCUUCACUUGCCGUCCAGUCGGCGACGAUUUUUCGCCAAGUCCUGUCCUCUGACGGGUUGCAGAGUACUCAGCAUUACUGUCCCACGUUGAGACUAUUUGCAGUGAGACGGCUAGCAACACAGACCCCAGACUAUGGUGUACCCGACACUGAGGACAAUGACAUCAUCAACCCAAACUUCAUCAACCGUAACCCUCGGAACCUGGAGAGGAUGGGUCUAGGGAGGAAGGAGAGGGGCUGGAAAACAACCUGGCCAAAAAAAGAGUGUUGGCACAGGUGUCAUUUUGUGAAGAGUAAGCGUUAUAUGACUGGGUAUGUUCAGCACCACAACGGUCACAUUGUUGCAUCUGCCUCGUCCUUUGAGUGGCCCAUAAGGAAACACCUCUAUAGCACCAGUGAUGUUUCUGCAGCAGAGAACAUCGGACAUGUCCUGGCACAGCGGUGUUUAGAGGCCGGGAUCCACUUUAUGGAGUUUGACAUGGUUCCACACAAGUUAGAGUCAGAAACGGUCCAGAGGUUCCAGCAGGCCAUGGUAGAUGGAGGCAUGAUGAUGUCAGAACCAAGGAGAAUCUAUGAUCACAAACAUCUGCACAAGUCCACAGAUUAUGAUGCAGAAGAUUAUAACACAAAGGAGGAAAACAUGAAAGCAUAGACCAGGCUAUAGAAAACAACAAACAUUGACUUUUUUGAUAAGCAGGCAAAAAUGUGUAAAGAAAACA